GGCGCCGGCAAGAGAGCUCAGCGCAGCGCAGCGGCGGCAGGAGCCGGGGAGCGCGCCGAGCGGACCAUGGGCAAGUCAGCUUCCAAGCAGUUUAAUAAUGAGGUCCUGAAGGCCCACAACGAGUACCGGCGGCAGCACGGUGUCCCCCCACUGAAGCUCUGCAAGAAACUUAACCGGGAGGCUCAGCAGUAUUCGGAGGCCCUGGCCAGCACGAGGAUCCUCAAGCACAGCCCGGAGUCCAGUCGUGGCCAGUGCGGAGAGAACCUGGCAUGGGCCUCCUACGAUCAGACAGGAAAGGAGGUGGCUGAUCGAUGGUACAGUGAAAUCAAGAACUACAACUUCCAGCAGCCUGGCUUCACCUCUGGGACUGGACACUUCACAGCCAUGGUGUGGAAGAAUACGAAGAAGAUGGGAGUGGGGAAGGCAUCCGCAAGCGAUGGGUCUUCCUUCGUGGUGGCCCGAUACUUCCCUGCAGGGAAUGUCGUCAACCAGGGCUUCUUUGAAGAAAAUGUCCUGCCUCCAAGGAAGUAAUUCAUUAAAUGGAAUGGGAACGUGGCAGACUUAACAUGGAUACGAAGUGCCUAGAACAACAAAAACUCAGCUGCAUGUCUGUCCCUGUGGGUGUAUGUGCUUGUGUGGGGGAUGCUUUUGAGUGUCUCUUGCACAUACACUUGGAUAUACAGUUCUGUACGAACUUAUUCUUAUCGAAAGAAAUGAGCCUAUUGAAAGCCUUUACCCUGAUGGUUACUUAGACCACAAUUAUUUGGACUUAGGGGGAAAACAAAAAAUCAAUUUUAAAACUUUUUUUUUUUUCUAAGCGAACUUCUUUUGUACAUUUCUUAUAAUAUCCAUCCCUGGUCUUUUUCUAAUUCCAAAUGUUUGUGAUGCUUCAAGGUGAAGUUCAUUUUAUGGGAUCUUCAUGCAUUGUAAUCUACUUCUGGUAGAUAUUUAAGAUUAUUAAACCCUCAUCUAAAUGUAACAUAAAACCGCUUUAAACACAUAAAUAUAAAGCAGCUUCCAUUGGAAACAUGGGACAGGCAGGAACUGCCUUUCACAGAAUAAUCGAGAUUUCUCAGUUUUAAGACAUGAUGUCAUCUGCAUGCCUCCUGGAAUUCUCUGAGGGGAAUGCCAAAGAACAAAUGGAGAGAAAAGUUUCACUUCCUUGCAUUUUCUCCCUUUAAAUAGCAAAGUACCACUACUCACCACCACCCUUGUCCCCCUCCCACCUUUUCUCUUAAAAUCCUCUGGCAUCUCAGAGCUCCAUAUGUGCCUCCCGGUUCCUGGGGCCUCGGGUCA